GUUUAUUUGGAGAACCCUGACUACCAGUGUAGAAGGGAAAUGAAUGUUAGGUAAGCAACCAGCACAGGGCUGGUUACUCUGUAAUAUUAGGGGUCACCUCUUUAGGGACCAAACACACCAUCAAACACAGUGCCCCCAGAGCACAGCUAGAUAUGACCUUGUGCUGGGGAUAGUCUUCUAGGGUCUUCCCCUGUGGACAGCCUGGCAUGGAGGGCAGGCUUGGAGACGAUAGGGCUGGGUGUUUGCAGGAUAAUACCUGCUCUGGAUGCUAAGAGCAAACCAGAAAAGGAGCAGGGGAAAGGGUGGGCAGGGAGGGCCUGCUAGGAAAGUCCAGCUCCUCAGGUAGAGCUUCCCAGGAGGGUCCUUAUCACCAGUUUGUACUUGGGCCAGCAGUUCCCCGAGGCCGACUCCUGGGUCCUCACACAGAGGUCAAAUUGCCACUACCCCCAACCUUCCCUGCAGGCCACCUAUGGGCGCUCAUGAAGCAACAGCUCCAGGGGCUCAGUGGGCCUGGAUUAGCGCCCUCCGGAUUCCCCCUCUUCAAGCUCAGUGCUGUGUUGGAGACCCCAGAGGUCCAGUGGACGUGGAGAGGGAGACGUGCUCCUCUGCAAACCUAAACUGCCCGCUGGUGCCAGAUCGGGAAGUGCCCAGGAGUCUCCUCCGGGUCCUGCCGCGUCCGGGGCUUCCCCUCGGGAAACUCCUCCCAGCGCUGCCACCGCCCUCCCGCCCCGGGCAGCCGCUGGGCCCGUCCCGUCCCCAAGCUCCAGGCGACCCAGGACCCGCGCGUAGGGGGUGUCGCCCUGGGCACUCGGACGCCGCCUCUUGAGAUAAAAGCGAGAGUCGGGAAGGUCGGGGACUAGGGUGUCCGCAGAGGAGACGCAAGCGCGGUGGGAGGCCCGGGAGCCGCAGGUCAUCUUGAACAUUCCAAAUACCUACCAUUACUCGAUGCUGUUGAUAAAUUCAGGAUGGCUUUGAACUCAGGGUCACCACCAGGUGCUGGACCUUACUAUGAAAACCAUGGAUACCAACCGGAAAACCCCUACGCCUCACAGCCUGCCGUGGCUCCCAGUCCCUGUGCGGUGUACCCGGCUCAGUACUACCCGUCCACGGUUCCCCAGUAUGCCCCGAGGGUUGUAACCAGUGCCUCGGCUCCCACUGUGCACGUGCGGCCCAAGUCCCCGGCGGGAACUGCGUGCAGCUCAAAGACUAAGAAGGCACUGUGCAUCACUGCCGCCCUGGGCACCUUCCUCGUGGGAGGUGUGCUGGCCACUGGCUUGCUCUGGAAGUUCAUGGAGAACAAGUGCUUGGGCUCCCAGAUGGAGUGCGGUUCCUCGGGCACCUGCGUCAGCCCCUAUCACUGGUGUGACGGCGUCUCACACUGCCCCCACGGGGAGGACGAGAACCACUGUGUUCGCCUCUACGGACCGAACUUCAUCCUUCAAGUGUACUCUGCUCAGAGGAAGUCCUGGCACCCCGUGUGCAGAGAUGACUGGAGUGAGAGCUAUGGGCUGGCGGCGUGCAAGGACCUAGGCUACAAGAAUAGUUUUUAUUUUAGCCAAGGACUAGCAGAUGACAGUGGGGCCACCAGCUUUAUGAAACUGAACACAAGUGCUGGCAACAUCGACCUCUAUAAAAAACUGUACCACAGUGAUGCCUGUUCUUCAAAAAUGGUGGUUUCUUUGCGCUGUAUAGCAUGCGGGGCCACCUCGAACAUGAGCAGCCAGAGCAGGAUCGUGGGUGGCUCGGGUGCCAACCUGGGGGACUGGCCCUGGCAGGUCAGCCUGCACGUCCAGAAUGUCCAUGUGUGUGGAGGCUCCAUCAUCACCCCCGAGUGGAUUGUGACAGCUGCACAUUGCGUGGAAGAACCUCUUAACAACCCGCGGCACUGGACAGCAUUUGCGGGAAUUCUGAGACAAUCUUUCAUGUUCUAUGGAAGUGGAAACCGGGUGGAAAAAGUGAUUUCUCAUCCAAAUUAUGAUUCCAAGACCAAGAACAAUGACAUUGCGCUCAUGAAAUUGCAGACGCCUCUGACUUUUAAUGACAAAGUGAGACCCGUGUGCCUGCCCAACCUGGGCUUGAUGCUGCAGCCGGAACAGCCCUGCUGGAUUUCUGGGUGGGGGUCCACCCAGGAGAAAGGCAAGACCUCGGACGUGCUGAACGCUGCCCCGGUGUACCUCAUAGAGCCCUGGAAGUGCAAUAGCAAAUAUGUCUACAACAAUCUGAUCACACCUGCCAUGAUCUGUGCGGGGUACCUGGAGGGCACCAUCGACUCCUGCCAGGGUGACAGCGGAGGACCUCUGGUCACUUUGAAGAAUGGCGUCUGGUGGUUGGUUGGAGACACAAGCUGGGGCUCCGGCUGUGCCAAGCCUAACAGACCAGGAGUGUACGGGAACGUGACAGUGUUUAUGGACUGGAUUUAUCGACAGAUGAGGGCAGACAGCUAAUCUGGGUGGCCUCUGUCCUUGACACGGUUCUGCAAGAAAAUGGAGGGGCUGAAUUUGAUUCCCUGUGCUUGAUUAUUUUUAGAGAUGAUUGGAAGAUCCUUUCAUUUUUAUUAAAUAGUGAACUUGUCUGACUUUGGCACUCUCUGCCGUUCUGUGCAGGCCACAGGGGCUCCCCUGACCCUGGGCCCAUUCCCUCUGAGCCUCGUCCGAGAGGGGUGAUGGCCUGGCUGGGCGUGGACACCUGCAGCUGGAUGGGAGGUUGCAGGGUGGAGGCAGCCUGCUGGGCUCUUCCCUCCACACCCAUUCUGGGGCUGCUUUUGGAUGAGCCCAGGGCUGUCACUUCUCAGCUGCUGGACGGCUGGAGAUGGAAAGGGGACAGUCACCAGCACAGCCCCAUGCCCCACUCUCCAUAUGAGGUUUUUGCCAAUCACUUUUUAGAGCCUUCUCACCAGCCACUGAUGGUGGCUGGAAAUAAAGGGACCGGCCCUUCAUGGGUGGUGACAUGCGAGUCGCAUGUAAGGGCAGCAGAACCUUUUCCUUUCUUCUUGCUGGGUGAGAGUGUACACAGCCCUCCGUGCAAGGGACGCGGCUCCUGGUGCACAUCUCGUCUGGUCUCCCCCUGCGUGUCUCCUUCUCCAGCCCCCUUGGAGAGUGUGCAUGACCCUUGGUCCUGGCAGGAGGGCUGAGUCGGGCACCAUGCUGACCCUCCUCAGGCUACUUACUGGAAAUCGAGGUCCCCUGGGGCAAUCAGGGAUGCGUGGUGUGCGACGCACAGUCCACAGUCCGUGUCACGUUUCUACGUUGCUACCUCAAAGCUCCAGAAUCUCGGUGCCUCCCAGUAGUUGGUGGCAUUGAGCUCUCUGAGACUGUUAUUGCCCUCACCGAGGAUGUGCAAGGGCUUGUUGGAGCUACUUUCACAAAGUGACUGGCUCCCGACUUAACGUUCUGUGAACAAAUGUGCUGAAGAGAAGUGCUAUGCUGGCAGCCAAGAAGAGAAAGAUGCUCCCUUUUGGACUUCCUGGGGUCCCUUCCAGCACCCCAGGUUUCCACGGGGCUGGGGGCCCUCUCGUUGCCAGGUGCCUUAACCGUGGCACUGCUGUCCCACGGUCCUAUUCUUUCCAAGCAUGCUGGCUUUUAAGAAGGAAAUGAAUGAUUCUACCGCUAGGGCUUAACCUUGAACUAGGGGGCCACACGCCUCUGUGGGGGCAGCGUCCCCAGGGAUCUGUGAACGGGCAACUCUGUGAGGUGCCUUCUCCCGAGCCAGACAUUGGACAGCCUCAUAAGGUGAAAACAUCUUCCUACUUUACUGUUCCUUUUUAUUUAUGUGACCAGCAAUUUAUCUUCUGUUUUAUAUCUUUUUUAAACUGUAAAAUUCAAUUGUAAAAUUGCAUAUCAUGCAAAUAAAUUAUACUGUUUUU